AUUUUGUAUGAUGCCAGCCAAUCCCCGUCUAGGGUGUAAGAAGCUAACAGCUUGGAAAACCACACUUUGUAUCCCCUUUAUACUUAUCCCUGUCUUGUUUCCUAUCCAUGACUCUGUUCUUCUUUUACCAGGACGUUGCUUCAUGAUAAGAGUCAAGACAUACUGGUUAAGUCUCUGAAGGCCACGUGGGGACAUUAUAGUAGGACACAGUGUGGAAGAAUGUGUAAGGCUGGCACAGCACAAACCCAGGCUGAGUAGGAGUGUGAGCCAACUGCAUGGAAUAUGGAUCACUGAGCUCACAAGCCUUUUGAUUGGUUGGAUGUGGGAAAGGCUUCUCUGUGAUUGGUCAUCUUCUCACCCACCUUUACCUGCAGAGACAGAAGGAUGGACACCCAGGGGAAACAUUUGGCCAGCAAGGAGUGUGGGCAGGACUUUGGUACUGAGCCCAAUCCUCUUACCGGUACUGAAUGUGGGGAAACAUCAUCUCUAACCAAAGACUGUCAGGGGCAAAGGAGAAGUUCUACAGAAGAAAAACAUUUUGUCUGUGCAGAAUGUGGAAAAACCAGUCCCCAGAACGCUAACACAGGGGAGAGAAAUAUCACUUGUGCACAAUGUAAGGAAACCCAGUCUUUCAGGAUCAGCCGUUUAACUCACUUUGUAAUACACACAGGGGAGAAACCAUUCACUUGUACAGAAUGUGGCAAAGGCUUUACUCAAAAGAAGAGCCUUGUAUCUCAUAUGAAAAAACACGCAGGGGAGAGACCCUAUACUUGUUCAGAAUGUGGCAAAGGUUUUGCUCAAAAGUAUACCCUUGUAUCUCAUAUGAAAAUACACACAGGGGAGAAACCCUAUACUUGUUCGGAAUGUGGCAAAGGUUUUGCUCAAAAGUAUACCCUUGUAUCUCAUAUGAAAAUACACACAGGGGAUAAACCCUAUACUUGUUCGGGAUGUGGCAAAGGUUUUGCUCAUAAGAAUAGCCUUGUAUCUCACUUGAAAAUACACACAGGGGAGAAACCCUAUACUUGUUCAGAAUGUGGCAAAGGCUUUGCUCGAAAGAAUAACCUUUUAUCUCAUAUGAAACUACACACAGGGGAGAAACGUUUCACUUGUACAGAAUGUGGCAAAGGCUUUGCUCGAAAGAGUGACCUUGUAUCUCAUAUGAAACUACACACAGGGGAGAAACCUUUCACUUGUACAGAAUGUGGCAAAGCCUUUGCUCGAAAGAGUGACCUUGUAUCUCAUAUGAAACUACACACAGGGGAGAAACCUUUCACUUGUACAGAAUGUGGCAAAGGCUUCACUCAAAAGAAAGUUCUUGUAUCUCAUAUGUCUAUACACACAGGGGAGAAACCUUUCACUUGUACAGAAUGUGACAAAGGCUUUGCUUAUAAGAAUAACCUUGUAUCUCAUAUGAAAAUACACACAGGGGAGAACCCUUUCACUUGUACAGAAUGUGGAAAAGGCUUUACUAAAAAGAAUAACCUUGUAUCUCAUAUGAAAAUACACACAGGGGAGAAACCAUUCACUUGUACAGAAUGUGGAAAAGGCUUUGCUCAAAAGAAUAACCUUUUAUCUCAUAUGAAAAUACACACAGGGGAGAAACCUUUCACUUGUACAGAAUGUGGAAAAGACUUUACUCAAAAGAAACACCUUGUAUCUCAUAUAAAAAUACACACAGGGGAGAAACCAUUCACUUGUAAAGAAUGUGGCAAAGGCUUUACUCAAAAGUAUGUCCUUGUAUCUCAUAUAAAAAUACACACAGGGGAGAAACCUUUCACUUGUUCAGAAUGUGGCAAAGGCUUCACUCAAAAGAAUCACCUUGUAUCUCAUAUGAAAAUACACACAGGGGAGAAACCUUUUACUUGUACAGAAUGUGGCAAAGGCUUUGCUCUUAAGAAUAACCUUGUAUCUCAUAUUAGAAUACACACAGGGGAGAAACCAUUCACUUGUACAGAAUGUGGCAAAGGUUUUGCUAAAAAGAAUCAACUUGUAUCUCAUAUGAAAAUACACACAGGGGAGAAACCUUUCACUUGUACAGAAUGUGGCAAAGGUUUUGCUCAUAAGAAUGACCUAGUAUCUCAUUUGAAAAUACACACAGGGGAGAAACCAUUCACUUGUACAGAAUGUGGCAAAGGAUUUACUAAAAAGAAUGGCCUUGUAUCUCAUAUGAAAAUACACACAGGGAAGAAACCUUUUACUUGUACAGAAUGUGGCAAAGGCUUUGCUCAAAAGAAUGGCCUUGUAUCUCAUAUGAAAAUACACACAGGGGAGAAACCUUUCACUUGUACAGAAUGUGGCAAAGGCUUUGCUCAAAAGUAUAACCUUGUAUCUCAUAUGUACAUACACACAGGGGAGAAACCAUUCACUUGUACAGAAUGUGGCAAAGGCUUUGCUCAAAAAAAUAACCUUGUAUCUCAUAUGAAAAUACACACAGGGGAGAAACCUUUCACUUGUACAGAAUGUGGCAAAUGCUUUGCUCGAAAGAAUCACCUUGUAGCUCAUAUGAAAAUACACACAGGGGAGAAACCAUUCACUUGUACAGAAUGUGGCAAAGGCUUUGCUCAUAAGAAUAACCUUAUAUGUCACCAAAAAAUACACACAGGGGAAAAACCAUUCACUUGUUCAGAAUGUGGCAAAGGCUUUGCUCAAAAGAAUCACCUUGUAUGUCAUAUGAACCUACACACAGGGGAGAAACCUUUCACUUGUACAGAAUGUGGUAAAGGCUUUGCUCAAAGGAAUAGCCUUGUAUUUCAUAUGAAAAUACACACAGGGGAGAAACCUUUCACUUGUACAGAAUGUGGAAAAAGCUUUGCUCAAAAGAAUGACCUUGUAUCUCAUAUGUACAUACACACAGGGGAGAAACUUUUCACUUGUACAGAAUGUGGCAAAGACUUUGCUCAUAAGAAUAACCUUGUACGUCACCUAAGAAUACACACAGGGGAGAAACCAAUCACUUGUACAGAAAGUGGUAAAGGUUUUGAUCAAAAGAAUGGCCUUGUAUCUCAUAUGAAAAUACACACAGGGGAGAAACCUUUCACUUGUACAGAAUGUGGCAAAGGCUUUGCUCAAAAGAAUUACCUUGUAUCUCAUAUGAAAAUACACACAGGGGAGAAACCUUUCACUUGUACAGAAUGUGGCAAAGGCUUUGCUCAAAAGAAUUACCUUGUAGCUCAUAUGAAAAUACACACAGGGGAGAAACCUUUCACUUGUACAGAAUGUGGCAAAGGCUUUGCUCAAAAGAAUUACCUUGUAGCUCAUAUGAAAAUACACACAGGGGAGAAACCUUUUACUUGUACAGAAUGUGGCAAAGGUUUUGCUCAAAAGAAUAACCUUGUAUCUCAUAUGAAAAUACACACAGGGGAGAAACCUUUCACUUGUACAGAAUGUGGCAAAGGUUUUGCUCAAAAGAAUUACCUUGUAGCUCAUAUGAAAAUACACACAGGGGAGAAACCUUUCACUUGUACAGAAUGUGGCAAAUGUUUUGCUCAUAAGAAUAACCUUGUAUGUCACCUAAAAAUACACACAGGGGAGAAACCAUUCACUUGUUCAGAAUGUGGCAAAGGCUUUACUCAAAAGAAUGACCUUGUAUCUCAUAUGAAAAUACACACAGGGGAGAAACCAUUCACUUGUAAAGAAUGUGGCAAAGGCUUUGCUCAUAAGAAUGUUCUUGUAUCUCAUAUGUACAUACACACAGGGGAGAAACCUUUCACUUGUACAGAAUGUGGCAAAGGCUUUACUCAAAAGAAUGUUCUUGUAUCUCAUAUGUACAUACACACAGGGGAGAAACCAUUCACUUGUUCAGAAUGUGGCAAAGGCUUUACUCAAAAGAAUGUUCUUGUAUCUCAUAUGAAAAUACACACAGGGGAGAAACCAUUCACUUGUAAAGAAUGUGGCAAAGGCUUUGCUCAUAAGAAUGUUCUUGUAUCUCAUAUGUACAUACACACAGGGGAGAAACCUUUCACUUGUACAGAAUGUGGCAAAGGCUUUACUCAAAAGAAUGUUCUUGUAUCUCAUAUGAAAAUACACACAGGGGAGAAACCUUUCACGUGUACAGAAUGUGGCAAAGGCUUUACUCAUAAGAAUAACCUUGCACAUCACCUAAGAAUACACACAGGGGAGAAACCAUACACUUGUACAGAAUGUGGCAAAGGCUUUGCUCAAAAGAAUCACCUUGUACAUCACCUAAAAAUACACACAGGGGAGAAACCAUACACUUGUACAGAAUGUGGCAAAGGCUUUGCUCAUAAGAAUAACCUUGUACGUCACCUAAAAAUACAUACAGGGGAGAAACCAUUCACUUGUACAUAAUGUGGGAUAAGCUUUACUCAAAAGAAUGACCUUGAAUCUCAUAUGAAAAUACACACAGGGGAGAAACCAUUCACUUGUGCAUAAUGUGGGAUAAGCUUCCCCGAAAAGGCCAUUCUGUGCAUUCAUCAAAAAUUUCACAGUGGAAUAAAUCAUUUUGAAGGUACAGAAUGUGGGAAAUGAUUCUCUAGCUUAAGUGAAGUUAAAGGGGUGCUUCACCUUUAAGUUAACUUUUAGUAUGUUAGAGAAUGCCAUAUUCCUAACAGCUUUGCAGUAGGUCUCAAUUAUUUCUUUUUUCAUGGUGUCCAAUUAUUUGCCUUCCUCCCCUGCACCUUCCCAGCUUUUAAAUGAGGGUCAGCAGCACCAGCAGCCAAAAAAACCUGUUGCUCUGUGAGUUUACAAUUGUAUUAUUGUUACUUGUUUAGUGUCUAUGUCAUACUUAAAGUUAUUUAAGCCCAUUUCACGUACAUCAUACCAUUCGCACAGUAGAUAAACCUCUAGAGUGUAAAGAAUGUGGAAAAACCAGGCCAGAAUUAGGGCUAGAGAGGCACCAUACAGUGGGGGCACGAGGCACGUACCUCUGAUACCUGCAUUCCCCUUGUUUGGGCCUGAAAUAGCCAGGUUAGAAAUAUGUAUAUAAGUACUUUAUGUAAGUGUAAAAACAUAAAGUUUGAUAAAAGAAUUAAUUGAAUGUGUAUGUGAGUCUGUUUUGUAAAAAAAUAUAUAUAUCUAUGGGGGAAACAAUAUUAUUUUGUGCAAGAAAAAAGGCUGGUAACAGGCAGCCAUGAUGGGACACAAGUAUGUAAGUAAGGCUUAGGGUACCAGCUUGCUCAUUAUGGGGGACCAAACAUGGCGAGCUCUAUUAGCCCAUACCUGCAGCAGAGGAAACAAUAUGCCCCCAAUAGGUGCUCUUAAAGAUAUUUUAACCUUUUUACUGCCAGCCAUUUUGGUCAAAGUGGACCUUGUAUCGCCAGACAGUUU